CAUUCCCAUUUCCAUUAAUCUUACCAAAGGCCCCUUAGGCUUUUAGCUACCCGGUGAUUGCCGGGCCAAACAGACCCGUCUAGUAUACAUUUCAGUGGUUGCAUUGUUUUCCCUCCAAAAAACAUAACCCCUGUAACAGAGGAGAGAGAGGCGAAAAUGGCGUCCACCUCUGCUCGUGGUGGCGUAGGAGCUGCUGUGCGAAUAAAAAACACUACUGAAACCCUCGCCUCCGAUAACCAACCACUUAUUGGCGAUAUUCGGAAAACAUUAACAACGAUGAGGGAAAUUGCGGUUGAAAUGGAGAAACUCGAUCGACCUCAAGAGGUGAGAGAGCUUGAAAAUGGCGUUGUAGAAUUAUUGGCCACUUACGAAGAGUGCAUGAAUUUUUCCCAUGUGAUGCAAUCUGUUGGGAGCAAUUACCAACCUGGUCCGGAGUUAACCGACUUCCAAAAGUUGUUUGCUGCCGAAGUUACUAGGCUUAAGUGUAGUUCCUCUUCAAAUCGUCAGACUGGUGCUAUGCUACGACAAUUUAGGGAAGCUGUUUGGAAUGUUCACCAUGCCGGUCAGCCAAUGCCUGGUGAAGAACAAGAAGACAUCGUGAUGACCAGUACUCAAAUUGGCAUUUCAAAUACAGUUUGCCCAAUAUCUGGGAAGUCAAUCACCCAAUUGGAAGAGCCAGUUCGCAGUAUGGACUGCAAGCAUAUCUAUGACAAAAAAGCAAUUCUGCAUUUUAUUAAGAAUAAUCCAACGAAAAAAUGCCCUGUAGCAGGCUGUCCCAAACAAUUGCUGGCUCAUAGAGUGGUGUGUGACCCUCUGUUACCUGUGGAAAUUGAGGAGCUGCGUUCAUCAAAUAUAAAUACUAUUGAGCCCGAAGCUAUAGAAGACUUCACUGGACUUGACGACGAAGACUGAGAAGUGAGAACUGACAAGCGAUGAAAGCUGUAUAUAAAUUAUCAAGCUUACACCAUUAUGUUUCUAUGUGUUGCUUACCUGUUUGAAAUACUAUGUAGGUACCUUUUGCAAUGUCAAGUGACCUUAGAUAGCUGUAUUAUAUGCUUAUUGCAAUUGCUCUGACCUGUUCUUUUCUGAUCAUCCUAAAAUUAUGUCUAACAGAUCUUAUUUUGCUGUGAGUAUUCAGUAAAGAUGAUGAUUUUCUGGAAA